UUUUCUCUGCUGCUCCCUUUCUUUGCGUUCCUGACUCACCUUGCCCUGCUGCGCCACUGGCACGAUGGCCCACAAGCAGAUCUACUACUCGGACAAAUACUUCGACGAGCAUUAUGAGUAUCGGCAUGUCAUGUUACCCAGAGAGCUUUCCAAACAAGUACCCAAAACCCAUCUAAUGUCUGAAGAGGAGUGGAGGAGACUAGGUGUUCAACAAAGUCUAGGCUGGGUGCACUACAUGAUUCAUGAGCCAGAACCGCAUAUUCUUCUCUUUAGACGACCUCUUCCAAAAGAUCAACAAAAAUGAAGCGUAUCUGAGGAUCACCAAUGGGAUAGUUUUCAAAUUUAAUGUAUAUGUGUAUAUAUGGUAGUAUUCAGUGAAUACUUGAAAAAUGUACAAAUAAUUCAUCCAUACCUGUGCAUGAGCUGUAUUCUUCACAGCAACAGAGCUCAGUUAAAUGCAACUACAAGUAGAUUGCUUUAAGGUGUUUAAACUUUUCUUCUAGUUAGUUUUUCUCUUAAUUGAAAGUGCCUGUUGAACUUUACCUGUUACUUUUGUUUAAUAAUAAAGUUUUUAUGUUGCAUUU